CCGCAGGAGGCUGGGGCUGGCCGGAGCUGCCAUCUCACACCACUGCGGGAGGCAGCGGGAGUGCCAGAGCCACACUGGGCCUUCCAGUGCCUUCCCGCGCUGAGGGGGUCUUGGGGACACAGCCCCGAGCUCGGCCCCCUUCUCCCCUCACGGGGGCCCAGCCUGUACCCUGUACAUGGCAGCUGUGGGCACUGUGGGACACACAUGCCCCAGGAGGAGUCAGAAGGUGGGGAUGGCGGAGACCUCCACUCAUGAGGCCCCCAGCCCCUGCCCCCUUCCUGGCUUUCUACACCUAGGCAUCUUAUCUCCCCACACCCGGGGCUCCUGGCUCUGAGAGCCAAUUCCUCCCUUAUCAGCAGCGGUGGCCUCUGGGCGCCACGUCGGGGUCCCGGGUCCUCUGUCUGCGCCUGUCUCCUCUCUCCGCCUGUCGGCUUGGGGCUCUCGCCACCCAGUGCCCACCCCCACCCCAUGAUCCCUUUCACGCUCUCUUUCUCUCCAGCCUCCUUCCAGCGCCAAUCCUGGUUGCUAUGGAAACACUGCAGCGGGUACCAGGUGGUGGCUGGGGGCAGGGAGCCCGCACUGCCGCAGCCUGCGCCAUUUCCGAUGCCAGGCACCCUCGAGGCACAGUGGCUGGGGCUCACGGUGGGGGUGCUUGGCCUCUCCAGGCCUCAUAGGCUUCUCCUGGGCUGAUGCGAGCUGGGGAGCUGGAGGGAUGGACGUGGGAGCGAGAAUGUCACAUGGAAGACAUCUGGUGGCACGAUGGGGGACAGAGUGAAAGGCGGCAAGUCAAGGUGAACUGAAGGAUGAUCAGCACCGAGGGAGGCUGUGGACAGGGGUGGAGGCUUUAGGAAGGGGACCUGUGCUGCAGGGCUAAGGAGGUUGGGCCCGCUGAGGCAAGGGCACCUCGAGGAGAAGCCGCAACCGGGGCUCCCGCUGCCUCCAGGAGGGCUGGGGGCACAGCCAGGCUGAAGCUUCCCUCAGACCUUGGCUGCUUGAGGAUGAGGAGGGGAGCUGAGCCCAAGGGGACAGACAGAGCCCAGAUCCCUGUCACCAUCUCUUCUCCCCACCCAAAGCAAGAUGCAGUUUCCAUGACAACCUGGCCGGCCAGAGAUGGGGGCAGGGGACUGCAGAGGAAAUUUUCCACACCAGCAGAGAGCAAGGAGGGUGUGCUUCGGGGAAAGAGGGGCACGCAGGGCUCCCAGAACCCCCGGUCACCAUGCUCACCGCGCCAGGCCCAGGAAAGUGAUCAGAGCGCAGGAAAGGAUUCUCCUGCCUCCACUCCAGCAGACCCACACCCCCACCCUGGGUCUGCGGGGAAGGGAGAAGGCUGAGCCCAGAGGCUCAAGGGUCAGAUGUCCAAAGAGCAGCAGCUGCCCAGCCUCGUGCAGGGGGCAGCGAGCAGUCCAGGGAGCCCAGGCCACAGACCACCACACUCAGGGCCAUGGCCGACAGGGGCCCACGGAGGGUGGGCGUGGUGGGCUACGGCCGCCUCGGACAGUCCCUCGUCUCCCGCCUGUUGGCUCAGGGACCAGAGCUUGGCUUAGAACUUGUUUUCGUCUGGAAUCGUGACCCAGGACGAAUGGCAGGGAGCGUGCCACCUUCCCUACAGCUCCAGAACCUUGCUGCCCUUGGGGAAAGGCACCCCGAUCUGGUUGUGGAAGUGGCCCAUCCCAAAAUAAUCCAUGAAUCUGGGGCACAAAUCCUGCGCCAUGCCAAUCUCCUGGUGGGGUCCCCCUCAGCCCUAGGUGACCAGACCACAGAGCGGCAGCUUUUGGAGGCCUCCAACCACUGGAACCAUGCCGUGUUUGUGGCUCGAGGGGCUCUGUGGGGCACUGAGGACAUCAGGAGAUUGGAUGCAGCUGGGGGCCUCCAGAGCCUGCGUGUCACCAUGGCCACACACCCUGAUGGCUUCCGGCUGGAGGGACCCCUGGCUGAAGCCCAUAGCACCGGGUGUCGCACUGUGCUCUAUGAAGGCCCUGUCCGUGGGCUCUGUCCCUUUGCCCCCCGAAACUCCAACACCAUGGCGGCUGCUGCCCUGGCUGCCCCCAGCCUGGGCUUCGAUGGGGUGAUUGGGGUGCUUGUGGCUGAUCUCAGCCUCACGGACAUGCACGUGGUGGAUGUGGAGCUGAGCGGACCCCCGGGCCCCACGGGCCGAAGCUUUGCUGUGCACACCCACAGAGAGAACCCUGCAGAGCCAGGCGCGGUCACCGGCUCUGCCACCGUCACGGCCUUCUGGCGGAGCCUCCUGGGUGCGGCCAGGCCCCGCUCCCCCGGCCCUGGGCUCCUGUGUCUGCAGAGCCCUGCUGCCAGCUCCCCUCCAGGCCGGGGAUCCAUCUCUGCUGAGAAGCCUCCUCCCUCCGAGACGAGAUCAUCUGACUGGCCUCCCACCACCACCAUCCCAGUCCUGCCCUGCCCCACUUCCCCAGGAUCUCCCUUCUGACUCAGUAAAGAUCACACGGGCCCGC